CCCGGAAGCAGCGGCCGGAGGGAGCUGAGCUGAGCUGAGGUUGACCCCGGGUGAAGGGGGCGCAGCCCCUCCGUUUAGGGGCGGUCCGGGACGCACUGUGGGCGCGAUAUUGGUCCAGGGAAUCACCGCGGAGGGAUAUAAUAAGGCUGCUUCAGGUGGAAACCAUUGUUAUCAUGGAGGAACGAACCCGCAGUUGUUUGUUACAAAAUCGCUCUGCACUUGAGCAAGAUAUCAAGACCUCGUACAUUAUGGACCAUCUAAUAAGUGAAGAGGUUCUGAGUCUAGAUGAUGAACAGAAGGUUAAAAGCCAGGCUACACAGAAAGAACGGGCUGCUUCACUUCUAAGUAUAAUUCUUGAAAAGGAUAAUUAUGCUGUCAUAUCUUUCUACAAUGCGUUGCUGAAUGAAGGAUACAAGGAACUUGCUGCAUUACUUCAAGAUUGUCUUCCAAUUAUCUCCACAUCUACAAAUAAAAGUUCUACAGUUGGUUUGACAGCUUAUGUUCAAACUAUACUUUGUGAAGGUGGUGUACCUCAGCGCCCUGUUGUGUUUGUUGAUCGGCCAGAGAUUGUACAAUCCAUUCGAAAUGCACUCUAUAAACUGGAAGAAUAUGCUGGAUGGAUCACUAUAUAUGGGAUGGCAGGUUGUGGGAAGUCAGUAUUAGCAGCCGAAGCCCUAAGGAAUCACAGAGUUAUAACUGAAUGUUUUCCUGGAGGAGUGCACUGGGUAGCAGUUGGAAAACAGGAUCGUGCAGGUAUUCUUGUUAAACUGCAGAAUCUCUGCAGUCGACUUAACCAGGGAUCCCAUACUUAUCCAAGUCCGCCUCUUAACACUGAGGAAGCCAGAGACCGACUCCGUUUCUUGAUGGCACGUAAAUACCCCAGAUCGCUUUUAGUUCUGGAUGAUGUUUGGGACAGCUGGGUGCUGAAGUGUUUUGAUGUUCAAUGUCGUGUUCUAAUCACCAGCAGAGAUAAGAACAUCACUGAAGCAGUUACAGGUAAUAACUUCCCCAUGUCUGUACAAAGUGGUCUGAGCAAUGACAAGGGAUUAGAAAUACUGGCACGUUUUGUUAACUCAAAGGUGGCUUCACUGCCAAAACAAGCGCACAGCAUUGUACAGGAAUGCAAAGUUUUGCCUUGGAAAGCUUGUCAUGCUGAGAUACCGAUGAAAAGGACCAAGAGAAAAUGUGUUGUUCCUCACCACAAUGUUGAUGGCACCAUUGACUCCUUCAUUACUGCACUGACCAUCCUUAUCCACUGUUCCCUGGCUAUGCCCAGGCAGCUGACUAUAUCAGAGCUGGAUACAAAAAAAUCUGCUCAGGGACAUAAGUUAGGUUCUCCUCUCAUCGUCUCCCUCAUUGGUGCACUGCUGCGAGAAUUUCCAACACGCUGGAACUAUUACCUCAACCAGCUGCAGAAUAAACAGUUCAAAAGAAUUCGCAAAUCCUCCUCCUAUGACUAUGAAGCACUUGAUGAGGCCAUGGCAGUAAGCAUUGAGGUGUUGAAGGAGGACUAUAAAGAAUACUACAAAGACCUCUCUAUACUUGCAAAAGAUGUGAAAGUGCCAACUAAGGUUCUGUGUAUUCUGUGGGCGUUGGAAACAGAAGAAGUAGAAGACAUCUUACAAGUCUUUGUCAACAAAUCUUUACUAUUCUGUGACCGCAAUGGGAACUCUUUUCAGUAUUACCUGCAUGACUUACAAUUGGACUUCCUGACUGAACAGAAUCGCAAACGACUUCCGGAUUUACAUGCAAAAAUGGUUCGUCAAUAUCAGAAGACGUACAAAAGACAGUUUCCAUCACCUUCUGAUGAAGAUUGUAUGUAUUGGUACAGUUUUCUGGCUAACCAUAUGGCUAAAGCGAAUAUGGACAAGGAACUCUAUUUACUCAUGUUUUCAAUGGAUUGGAUAAAGGCCAAGACUGAACUGAUGGGCCCAGCCCAGUUGAUAAAUGACUUUGUGGAAUAUAGACACAUACUGGAUGAAGAGAACAGUGCAGUGCGGGAGAAUUUUCAAGAAUUCUUGUCUUUGAAAGGCCAUCUCCUUGUGCAGAAACCCUUCCCAGAUAUUGUGCAGUUGGGUCUUUGUCAGCCUGAUUCUUCUGAAGUAUACCGGCAGGCAAAACUCCAGGCUGUGGAACGAGCCAAAAAAGGAGCUGUAUACUUGGAGUGGAUGAACAGGAAGACCUUGCAGAACUUGUCUCGUCUUGUUGUUCGACCUCAUAGUGAUGCUGUUUUUCAUGCCUGUUUUUCUUGUGAUGGACUGAAGAUAGCUUCUUGUGGAGCAGAUAAAACCUUGCAGAUUUUUAAAAGUGGAACGGGUGAGAAACUUUUGGAAGUCCUUGCACAUGAUGAUGAAGUUCUGUGCUGUGCAUUUUCACCAGACGACAAGUUUAUAGCCACUUGCUCAUCAGAUACAAAAGUUAAGGUCUGGAAUGUGUUAACUGGGCAGUUAUUUCAGACGUACCAUGAACAUAAUGAACAAGUCAAUCAUUGUCGUUUUUCGCAUUCACAGCAUAGGAUUCUGUUGGCAACCUGCUCUAAUGACAAGUUUUUGAAAAUAUGGGACCUGGAAGGGACAAGCUGUAGGAACACACUGUUUGGUCACAUGGAUUAUGUUAACCAUUGCAGUUUCUCACCUGAUGACCAAUAUCUAGCCAGCUGCUCAAAUGAUGGAACAGUGAAGCUAUGGAACACUUCCUCUGCAAAUGAGUGGAAGUGCUUUGAUGUAAAUGAACAAUUUCGGAAACCAGAUGAAGAUGAUGAUGAUGAAGAGGAGGAGGUGCUGUUAAAGUGCUGCACAUGGUCAUCUGAUGGUGCUCAAAUCAUGGCAGCUGCAAAAAAUAUUAUUUUUGUUUUUGAUGUGAUGACUGGCGAUCUUAUAGCUGAUUUAAUGACAAGUAGCUAUAGCACUAUUCAGUCUUGUGAUGUUUCUCUUACCAGCCCAUUACUGGCAGUGGCCUUGUCACACAAUUCUGUAGAGCUGUGGAACUUGGAGUUGCGUAAGAGAGUGGCUGACUGCAGUGGACACUUGAGCUGGGUUCAUUGUGUUCAAUUUUCAUUGGAUGGCUCAGCAUUAUUAUCGUCUUCAGAUGACCAGACUGUUAGACUAUGGGACACCAAUAAAGUGCAUAGUUCCUCUGCUGUUUCCUUGGUACAAGAUAUGGAUGCAGUCUUCCAAGAGGGUGAAGUCACUGUUUUAGUAUCUGACAAUAAAAAAUGUUUACAGCUAAUAAAUGGAAAAACUGGUGAUGUGAUGUGCCAGAGUGAGGUCCAGGAUUCACGUAUUCGUUGUUGCUGCCUUGAUCAGCACAUUAAUUUGGCUGCAUUUGGAUGUGGAGAUGGAAUCUUAAAGGUAGGCAUGAAGUCGGUCAAGAACGUCCUACAGAACAUUGGGCGGAAGAGGCAGCAAUUCCAGCACAGCCUGUUGAUAGCAAUAGGGCUAGAAAAUGGCAGAGUAAAGGUUCUGGAGCUCCCUAGUGGUAAAAUCCUCAAGACCUUAAUAGGUCACACAGAAUGUGUCCAACGAUGUCAAUUUACACCUGAUGGGAUGAUGCUGAUUUCAAGUUCUGAUGAUGCCACAAUAAGGAUAUGGAAUUGGCGCACAGAGGAAUGCAAAGUCCUUGAAGGACACACCGAACAAGUGAAAAACUUUAAGCUGUUGCGAGAACCACAACUUCUGUCCUGGUCCUUUGAUGGGACUGUGAAGGUAUGGAAUUACAUCUCUGGAGAAUUGCUGAAGAACUACGAUGCUCAUAAGGGAGCAACAGUUCUGUCAUGUGAUGCAUCAUCCAGUGGCAGUGAAAUUGCUUCUGCUUCUGCAGAUAAAAGUGCCAAGAUUUGGAGCCUGAACAGCACAUUGCCUCUUCAUGUUUUGACUGGUCACAAUGCCUGUGUCAGGAGCUGCAAGUUCACUUGGGAUAAUAAGUCCUUGGCUACUGGAGAUGACAAUGGUGAAAUCAGGAUCUGGAGGGUGCAAGAUGGUUCUUUACUUCACAUUUGUUCAGAAGAAUCAGAGAACAAAGAUUCCAAACAUGGAGGCUGGGUUACGGAUCUUCACUUCUCCCUCAACAGUAAGAUGUUGGUCUCCACUGGUGGCUACAUAAAAUCCAGUCUAGAAUCAAAAACAAAUUCCAGGAUCAAAAACAAAUUCCAGGAGUUGAAGGGAAAUGUGCUUACUCACUCUGGCCUCCAGACUCCAGAGUUACGAAGAAUGAUUCAAAUACCAAUGGACAACACAAGACAAAUGAAUGGAAUGAGUUGGAAUCAUAGUCUGAUGUUAGUGGUGGGAUAUGAAUACUGGAGAAUCUCUGCAGACAUUCUACACUAAUGGGACAAACCUGAAGUCCAUACAUGUUUCAUCUGACUUCAAGACCUAUGUAACUAUUGAUAACAUUGGAAUACUCUACAUCUUGAAAAUGAUAAACUGAAACUCCUUACUCUGAAAAAACAGAAGAAAAAACCUUUGUGGUACCACUGGAAGAGGUUGUAACUUAUUGCACUUAAAAAUUCUUUCUUUAAACAUUCAGACAAAGCAAGAUAUGGAAUGAGAACCUUUUGUAUUUUCUAAUUUUUCAUACAAAAAUUGCUACUGAGCCACUGGAAUUUGUCGGAGAUUUCAGCUUUAUGGGAAGUGUGCCGUAAGGGCACCGCAUGCAAGAACAGUGUGUGAUGUUUCUUUCUGUUAUUCACAAGCUCUGGGUUCUGUGAUUCCACUGCUGGUGUUUUAUUGCUUUGAGACUCUGUGGCAGUGCACAUUAAAAUUUGGAGCACAAUAAGCAGUUUACAGAGAUUUUGAGAGUAUGAUCAGUUUACAAAGAUUUAGAGUACCUAAGCGGCUUGCGAUAUGUGCUUGGUACUGUUCAAAAAAAAACCCUCUGACUUUUCUGCAGACCAUGAUUGCAUCUUUUCACCUGUUAGAAAAGGAUGUUCUGUUAAAUUUCUGAAAUUUUUCAAUAAGUCUUCAGAAACAGUGUUCAGAGGGUUGUUAUAAUUCAGUCCUGAAUAAAAGGUCUACGAUUAAUGAUAUCAGUAUUUAAUUCAUAGAAUAUUGAGUUCAUAUUUGUAAUUCAAUUUCAAUUGCCUGUUUCUACCGAUUUUAUUUUCAUACUUCAUGCAAUUAAAAUUUUCAUGACUA